GGGAAUGAUUUUGAGUUGGUAAAGAAAGUGAAAAAAAGGAAGAAAUAGCGGAAAACGGCGGAGGUCUCCACGAACAUCGGUUACUAGUUCUUUCAGCAGCGCCAAACACCCCCCUCGGAAUUUCCAAAGCGUCCAACUGCAAGAUGCAUUCAUUUGGAUACCGAGCCAACGCUUUGCUCACUUUCGCCAUUACUAUACUAGCCGUAAUGUGCGCCAUCGCUUCUUUCUCCGAUAAUUUCAACUCUCCAUCCCCCACCUCCCAAGUCCAGGUUUUGAACAUCAAUUGGUUCCGGAAUAAGCCAGAUGGCGAUGAUGAGGUCAGCAUGACGAUGAAUAUAUCAGCAGAUUUGCAAUCACUGUUUACAUGGAAUACAAAACAGGUUUUCGUCUUUCUAGCAGCUGAGUACAAAACCCGAAAGAAUUCUCUGAAUCAGGUAUCCUUGUGGGAUGGUAUCAUUCCUGCCAAAGAGCAUGCUAAAUUCUACAUCCAUACAACUAACAAAUACCGUUUUGUUGAUCAGGGAAGUAAUCUCCGGGAAAGAGACUUCAACAUGACAUUGCAUUGGCAUGUCAUGCCGAAGACUGGGAAGAUGUUUGCCGACAAAAUAGUUAUGACUGGCUUUCGCUUGCCUCAGGCAUAUAGAUGAUGAUGAGUAUAUUCAACUCCAGGUGUAAUAUUACUAUUUUAGCCUUGGUAGUCAGAAGUAUACAUGGUCUGAAUUGAAUGAAUCCGAACUAGCAAAUGCUCAUUAAAUCUAUAUCAGAACAUCAUUUGAAUCAACAGACCAACAGAGUCCUGGUUUUUUUUUUU